ACUUUCUAGUCACCUUUUUGGAGGAAACUUCAGUCUUAAAAGAAUCUUGUUUGCUUAAUGUUUGUACCAGUGCUCAAAACAACUUUAGGAUAAACUCCACAGCUUGAACAUUACAAAUUAGAAUCACAGCUUAAACUAUAUUUGAAAGCUUCUACUAAAAGCGACUUUUACUUCAAAUUUGUUUGCAACUUUUAAACAAAAAAAUGACUCGCAGUACAAUUAGAAAACGUAAAUACAAGUUUAAAGAAAAUCAGUACACAUGCAAUGAUAAACAAAAAAAUAGUUUACCUUCAUCGCCAAUUGCUAGUUGUUCAAGUGCAAAAAAGUUAUUUUCGAAAACGAAAACAACUCAAAAUAUUGAGUGUAACAAUGAAGAUUACAAGAACAAUUAUAACUUUAUUAUGAACUUUUCUAUAUUAAAAAGAAUAUUUAAGAAAUUGGAUAGUAUCAUUUAAUCGUUGCAUGAAUAUGCCAAGACCGAUGACAAAAAAAAACUAUGGUAAAAUAACAAAAUUACUUCACAGUGCUUAUGUCGAAGCAGCUAAUACUUCUAUGUCAAAUGCUGAAAAAGAGAUACAUGAUAUUGUUUUGAUGGAUGUCAUCAGUGAUAAUACAAGUAUUGUUGAUUGCCAUGUUUCUGUUGAUGGAACAUGGCAAAAAAGAGGUCACACAUCCAUAAAUGGUGUUGUUACUUUGAUAUCAACAAAUAAUCAAAAAUGUGAUAAAACUAUAAAUACUUUGCAGAAUUAUUAUGGUACUGCCAUAAGGCAAAUUCUUAACAGCAUUUAUGGAAUGAAAAAGGGUUUUUGGGCAACACUUUUCCAUAACUUAGAUAUUCUUGGUGAAACUGGACGACAUAAAUUUUGUCCUCGAAAUGUAAAUAGCUGGUGCAUGUGGCAGUCAAAUAAACUAACAGGUAAAUCAACUUACAAAGCUAAAUUAAAUAUUCCAUUAGCAAUAAAUGAAAUUUUAAAACCCAUCUUUCAAGACUUGAGUAGAGAUGAAUUAUUAUCUAAAUGUUUGCAUGGACAGACACAAAAUAAUAAUGAAGCAAUUAACAAUUUCAUUUUAAAAAAGUGUCCUAAAGAUGUUUAUGUAAGUCAAAAUAUUCUUGAAAUAGCUGUAGCAUCUGCUGUUUUAGAGUUUAAUGAUGGAGCUAGUGGGAUAUAUGAAGUUUUUCAAAAACUACAGAUAAAGACCGGUCGAUUUAUGGACAUAGGGACCAUUUAAAAAAACAAGACUCAAAUAGGUUAUAUGAUAAAAAAGACUUCAACAGUAGGUAUUAGCAAAGAAAGCUACUAAGAGCUAUGAAAAAAGGGUUCAUAGAUAAAGAAAAUGAAGAAAGAGCAUCAUAUUCUGCUGGUGGUUUUUAGAAUGAUAAAAAAUUUAUUAUUUUUUAAUUACAAAAUCUUUAGGAGCA